AUGAGGUCAACUUUUCCUUAGAUCCGCCAUUUCAGUCCUGGCGUUUCUUGUUGCACGUUAGUUUUGAUUAUGUUGUCAUUCUAGCGUUUAAUCAGUAAAUAAUAGUGAUUUGGGACUCAGUGACAGCUCCAUUAACUAAAACGUUUUACCUAGCCGCUGGAAUUUGGUUAAGUCGUAGCGUUUAAACGUUUUCCCCCAGUUCAGCAGUUUAGUCACCCAAAGUUUUGUAUGAGUUGCGGAUAGGGAGAGGCGAAGGGGAAAGGCCUCCAGCCUCGGACGGGAUUUCACAGCCAUGGCCGGUAAUUUUGAUGCCGAAGACCGAGCUAGCUGGUACUGGGGACAGCUAAGCCGCCAGGAAGCGGUUUCCCUUUUACAGGGACAGAGACACGGUGUUUUCCUGGUAAGGGACUCGAUCACCAGCCCCGGAGACUACGUGCUCUCCGUUUCUGAGAACUCCAAAGUGUCCCAUUACAUAAUCAACAGCAUCAGUAACAACCGGCAGUCUAGCUCAGGUUGGGCUCCACCUCGGUUUCGGAUUGGGGAUCAGGAGUUCGAGGCUUUGCCGGCCCUGCUGGAGUUCUAUAAGAUCCACUAUCUGGAUACCACCACGCUCAUCGAGCCUGUUGGCAAGGCCAAGCAAACGGGCUUUGUCGGCUCUUCCGCUGCUGGGCCCCCCCAGCAGCCCGAAGAGACCGAUUUUGUCCGGGCACUGUUUGACUUUCCCGGCAACGAUGAAGAGGACCUCCCCUUCCGGAAGGGUGACGUCCUGCGUGUGCUGGAGAAGCCAGAGGAGCAGUGGUGGAACGCUGCUAACCAGGAGGGCCGAAUCGGGAUGAUCCCAGUCCCCUACGUGGAGAAGUACCGGCCUGCUUCGCCUACUGCUGCCGGUCUGGGUAACCCAGUUGUGGGGGCUGGACAGGGGGUGCAUGUUGGUGGGUCGGCGGGGAGCCCAGAUGGGACAGGGUCUCCUCAGAUUAGUCCUUUGGGGGACCCAGGCCAGUAUGCUCAGCCUGUGGCCAACGCUCAGCUUCCUAACCUCCAGAAUGGGCCUGUUUAUGCACGAGCCAUUCAGAAGAGGGUGCCCAACGCUUAUGACAAGACGGCCCUCGCUCUGGAGGUGGGCGACAUGGUAAAAGUGACAAAGAUCAACAUGAACGGCCAGUGGGAGGGUGAGUGCAAAGGAAAAAGAGGCCACUUCCCCUUCACCCACAUCCGACUCUUGGAACAGCAGCAUGCUGACGAGGAGAGCUGAGACGCACCACCUACCUGCUUUCCACUAGCACACAGUGUAUGAACCUAUGAGCUGAACCGGUCAGGACCCCCCCCCCCCCCCCCGGCACAGGAGGUGUCGGCUGAUCUCGCCAGUUUUCAUCCGCAUGGACGUCACUCAUGCCGAGAGUUUACACUAAGGUCAGACUGAGAUCAGUUGUUAGCUUUUUAUUUUCUACUUUUAAAGUCAGCCUUACCAGCUAUCACCGUUGGCAUUGUUAACAUCUUUGUAGUUAAUAUUUAUUGAUAUUUUACACAUAUUCACCAAGAAAAGACCAGGACAACAAAUUACCCCAGUUUCAGUUUUAUUAUUGGAACCAGAUGGGUUUUCUUUUUCGUACCAAAUCUUUAGUGCAGUUCAGAUCUGGAUGAAAUAAGCGACGGCAACAGAAACUCCCUGAAAGUUGGACUUCCUGUCAUGAUGUGGUGCAGCUUGUUUGGAUCGUAGCAGCCACUGGAUGUUUUAAAUAGCACAAACUCAAGCUAAUAAGUCAGAUGUUAUCUCAGUGAGUGGCCUCCAAACCAGGUGAUCUAUGCAAGUCAAAACCAGAGUCCAGUAACCAUGGCAACAACUUCUCUUCCUGUUUGUGUCCGACUCCACCUCGGGGUUUAUCCUGGUUUGGAUGGGCAUUGAAUCGUGCAUCCAAGUUGUGUUUUAUCCUGUUUCUUUUACAGUUACAUGUAUGUUAAGAGCAAAUAGAACAAAUGAACAAAACAGGUAAAAAUGAUUACAUCACCUGUUUUUCAAGGUGCCAAAUUUCCUGAUUUAUGUGUUACAAGUUAUUAAUUAUGAAACAAAAAUGGGUGUAACUUACUGUAUUAGAAAUUUCUCCUUUUUGUUUUGUUUCUACUGUUGAUCUCUGAUGUAAUGCCAGGUCCAGACGCAGACGUAUAUUUCCUCAUGACUCCGUUUAAAGCAGCUGGAUGGUAACCAGACAGUCCUGGUUAAAAUGAGCCGCUGUGAACAGGAAAUGGAUCAACACCAAAAAGCAAAAACAUUUUUCUGUUUGGCCUCGACACGUGAAACAGUCUUAAAAGGGAUCAUAGACAUGAAACAGGUUUUUAUUCUUGGCGUACUGUCGGUGAUGGAACCCUAGUUGACAAAUCUCAACCUCAGUAUUGAACCGCUGCUCCAUUCCUGUGCUGUUCAUGUUUCAGUGCCCUCUUCUUCUCAUUUACAUACAGGAGGAGAGAAAUCCAACGAAUCGUGGUUUUUCUUCCAGGUAGACUUUGAACCUCGGAGCAAAAUAAGCAGACAUUGUGAUGUGGAGAAAGAUUUUUCUCCUCCACUACAAACUGCUUCCUUUUGUCUUUUUGUACAGUAAAAGUGGAAAAUAAUAUAAUUUGACUAUAUAUACUCAUGCCUUACAUGCUAAAUACUGUACACAUUACUCUUUUUUUUUUCCCCAUGAUGCCAGAUUGAUUCAUUGAUCUUUUUCCUUUAAAUCGCUGCUGGGCACCAUCAUGGCCGACAUGCAGCCAGCUGAAAGAACAACAUGAGCAUCCCAUGUCAGGAACAAACCUCCUCCAGUGGUCUUUUUAAAUGACACAGCAAGAGGCUGCUAAAUCAUAAAUGUUUGACUUUUAGGUAAUUAAUUAAUUUUAUGUGCCAAAUGACCCCCACAUUUAUUACUCAUUGUAAAGCUUUCUUUUACCCAGCCUAGAAACCAUCACCAUAACUGUAGGUGGAGGAAUUUUUUUUAUUUUUUUAUUUUUUGGGAGCAGAUUUUCCUUUGUAUUGUUAUUGAAUCUGCUUUUAAGUUUGAAAACUUUUCACCUUGGAGUGACUUUAUUUUGUUUUGCCAUGAUCUCUGGUGUUUAUGACGAGCAGCAGAACAUUCAUUUAAACUACUUGGAAAAAGUUUUAAAUGACUUUAGGAAUAAUUAAAUGGAGAUAAUUCCUCCUGAGUUGUUCCUAUAGUUUAAUUUAUGACUUGUAGGAAUUUAAGACAGGGUUAUUCCCUCAGGAUGAAACCUUUCGAUCAUCUUUGUCAUAGUGUAUUAAUUAAUUAGUUUGGCUAGGUGGACACAGAGCGGUGAGGAAUAUCUGCAGAAUUUCAUCCUUUUACCUCUAGUCUGUUGGGAAAAAUAGUUUUAAUAGGAACUGAAGCUGACUGGUUGGUUUCUUUGGGUCAAGUUCAACCAUGUUGUGGGAUCAGAUGCAACCCGUCUUCCUCCCUGGUGUGCAUUAAUAUACAUGUAUGGUUUUCGCACGAAGGCCAAGCGUGUUGGGGUUAAGCCAAAAGACUUUAGGUCCAAACACCUAAUAUCUGUAUUACAGAUGCUAUUACUGGCAGAGUGAUCGUUCCUCUGACGUCCUCCAUCUGUUUUUAACUUCUUCCAGCUGGAUGUAGGUAGGGAUGUUUCUUCUUUUCAGCUCUGUUCAAAUCAGACCUGUGCAGUUUCACUAAGAGAUUCAUUUUAGUUUCUUCCUCACGUCUUCCACCAGAUUUUCCAGACUGUCGUCGUGAGUUUACAUUUUGUAAAACUGUAAAAAAAAAAACGGAAAAAAAAUUCCUGUUUCUUUUCGUAUUGAAUCUCAAAUUUGAGAAAAAUAUUUU